AUGUCAUUGAAAAACUUUGAUAUUGGGCGUGGUAUUGGUAAAGGACAAUUUGGCCGUGUUUACCUUGCAAGAGAAAAAAUAAGCGGUUACAUAGUAGCCUUGAAAAUACUGUCUAUUAGAGAACUAAUUAAAAUAAACGCUGAAAGACAAUUGAGACGUGAAGUAGAAAUUCAAGCCAAUUUAAGACAUCCGAAUAUUCUUCGACUUCUUGGGCAUUUUCAAGAUAAUGAAUUUUUUGUCUUGAUCCUUGAAUAUGCGGCCAAAGGAGAACUUUAUAAACAACUUGUGAAAUUAGGUAAACUUAAAGAGAAGAAAACAUCAAGGUAUAUUGCACAAAUGGCCGGAGCUUUAAGUUAUAUUCACAAAAAACAUGUUAUUCAUCGUGAUAUAAAACCAGAGAAUUUGUUGAUAGAUUUGAAUGACGAGGUCAAAAUUGCCGAUUUUGGGUGGUCUGUGCAUACACCAAGUCAAAGGCGUAAAACAUUUUGUGGUACUUUGGAUUAUAUUCCACCAGAAAUGGUUGAGGGCCAAGAACAUGAUGAAAAGAUCGACCUUUGGUCGCUUGGUGUUUUGUGCUACGAACUAUUGACUGGUACAGCACCAUUCGAAGAAACUGGUCACUCUGCAACAUAUAAACGAAUAGCCAAAGUUGAGUUCACCCUACCUGAUUAUUUGUCAUUUGAGGCUUGUGACUUGAUUAACUCGUUACUACAACGCGAUCCGAAAAAACGUCUACCUUUGAAAGAUGUUUUAAAACACCCAUGGAUC